AACCUUGUGGAAGACCAUAAGGCGCAGAUUAGUGCGAGAAAGCGGCGUUGGGAAAGCGGUGUUGGGGCCGCCGCUUUGGGCUGGCGCGUGCCGCCGCUUAAUUUUGGCGGUCUCUGCGUCUCUGCAGCAACGGCUGUCGCACUCUGAUAUUAUGUACUUGGAGGCCAGGCCACCGCCCACAAGCAGGCACCAUCGGACACGCUUCCUUCGGCAUCAAUCACUCUUUUCCUUAUCAUGUCUCAGGUAGAGAUAUUGCCCCCUUUCCUGUAUCGCCAGCCGCGUAUGGAACACAUUGAGGACGUUGGGAAGUACGUUCCCGGUGGUUACCAUCCCGUCGACAUCGGCGACAUUAUUGGCACGAGCGACCAGAGUUACGAAGUCAUCCACAAGCUUGGCUACGGAGGCUUCUCGACGGUCUGGCUUGUCCGCUCGUGUGGGGACAUGCACUCCUACUUCGCGCUGAAGAUCCUCUGUGCUGAUGUCCCUAACGUCAAUGAACUGAACGUCCUCCAGUAUCUUCGAAAGUCCGCCAGCCCACAUGCGAAUGUGGUGACAUUGCACGACUCGUUCAAAGUCUCCGGCCCCAACGGCGAGCAUCACUGUCUCGUUUUCCCGGUUCUCGACCCGAGCCUUCAGAACCCCAGAGUUGCCGACGCGUUACCUGGUCCUACGCGAUACCAGGUGUGUUGCCAAGUUACCAGCGCCAUAGCAUUCCUCCACGGCCAAGGAAUCUGUCACGGCGGCUCUAUCAAGGCCGAGGAUCUCAAACUGCCCAACGGCUCAUAUUCGCCACACGCUCCAAAGCAAGUCGUCCAGACUCCUGAGUUUUCAGGCCUGGAUUAUUCUUCACUCGCAUUUGUUCGGAUUGUCGUUUUCGGACAGGCCUUCUUCGCAGAUCGUCCACCCCCAUCACUGGGAGUCCCUAUCGAUUUCUUUCCUCCAGAACUUUGCUUCGGCUAUCUGCCCUCUACCAAAAGCGACAUCUGGCAACUUGCCUGUAUCCUAUACAUUGUCCAUGCCAAAGUGCCCAUGUUUUCCACGUUCUUUCGGAUAUUCGGAAUCCUCAUAGGCACUGUCGUGGGCUAUCUCGGUCCGUUGCCCCAACAAUGGAAGGGACGAUUCAUGUUCGAGAAAUACGGCUACCGGGAGCCGGGACGAGCACAGAGCAGAACAGAACCGGCUUGGUGGUUCGAGGACAAGCAUUCCGAGAAGUCGAUCGACAGCCGACUUUUCCAGGAGGCACCGCAUCUCUCCGUCCGUCAGAAGGGGGAGUAUGUUCGCCUGCUCCACGACAUGGUGGCAUAUGAGCCUGAGCAGCGCCUGUCGGCGGCCGAUGCGGUACAGCGUCUGAGGUCAGCGGCAUUUUUGGAUGAGUAG